GGGUCAGUAGCAAACGGGCAAACGGAGUACCAGGAACAGGCGGGAGAGUGGUCGGGAAGUCAGCAGAGGUCAGGAUCAGGCAGGGUCGGCAACAAGUCAGGCAGAAACAGGAACAGAUACAGGAACACAGGAUACAAGAUACAGGGGCCCAUGGAAAAACACACACACCAAGGCCCUGACUGUGAGUCUGGCCAUUCCUUAAAUACAACCCCUGCAAUCAGCUUCAGGUGUUUGGCUAACUGCAGGGGUGAGUCUCUGAUUGCUGAGAGCACCCACUGGCCAGCCCUGGUACUGCAGCCCACAAGGCAGGUGAGUCCCCCACCAUUAUUGGCAAGUCCAUUCCUGACAGUAGGAAAGAAAUGGCCGAUACGGGGCAGGUAU